CGCCUCGUCUCCACCAGGGCGGCGCUCCGCCUCUUUGGUUCGAGCCACAGGGCCCGUUGAUGUUGUUGUUGAUCGGACGCUAACUUCUGUCGAUGAAGUGAGUAACAGUCGACGUUAACGUCACACGCGACUGUGCGAGGACAUAAGCGUCACUGAACUGACAGAAGCCUGUUGUUUUUCCCCUCCGCUGGUCGAGCCUGCUAACAUCGAUGUUAGCAAUUAGCCCGUGGGUGUAAAUGCUAUUCACUAGAAUGGACCUGUUGAACUCUCAGUUCCUGGACAAGAUGAACAAUAACAUCGGGAGACUUCACUAUGACGAUGAGUGCAGGACACCCUCCCUGUCCACCUCUGUGUCCAACAUACCCGGGCCAACUCCGCAUUGUCCGAGCAAACGGAAGUACGGCGAAGAACAAAUGGACGAGCGGAUGAACUGUGACGACGACGACCACAUGACCAAAAUGAGCAGAUUGUUUGCCAGUCAGCUGGCCCGUCCUUCAGCUGGAGACGACCGUAACGAGCACUGGAGUCUCAGUCCCGUGGAGCACGUGACGUCUUCUAAUGGGACCCACCUGUACGCCGCCAUUUCUGGGUUCGCAGUCGAGCAGCCGCUGCCUCUGACCAAGAGCAGCCACGACAGUGGAGGUGGGGGCAGAGAGAGAUGUGUCGCAGGCGGGACAGUGGAGCGGCAGCAGAAUCGUCCCUCAGUUAUUACCUGUGCCCCAGCAAACAGCCGCAACUGUAAUCUGUCUCAGUGCCACAUGAACGGCUGCUCGCCGCCUGCUGACCAGAGGAAGACCGACCCUAACACGGUUUGCGAUCCCGUCAUCGAGGAGCACUUCCGUCGCAGCCUUGGGAAAAACUACAGAGAAGCCGAGGUGUCCGACUCGGUGUCCAUCACCGGCUCCGUGGACGACCACUUCGCCAAGGCCCUGGGGGACGCCUGGCUCCAGAUCAAGGCCAAGGGUGGAGGUCGUCAGACCCCCGACGCCGAUGAUCCGUGAGGCAGCGGAGUAAAAACUUUUCAAUCGCCUUUCUUUCUUUUUUUUUGUCUUUGCAUUAACUUCUCCUUUAGCCAAGAACAAUGUCAGACGCUGUAUUGUGGCGCCUGAUGGACGUGGAGAGAUCCACGCCUCAUUAGAACUUGUCGAAUCAGGAAUUGUCUCUCAAUAGAAGAGAAAGUAAAUAUUUCACACCAUUGUUGGAUUGAUGAUGGAAAUUCUAAAUAUCAUAGUUUCUUUAGUUAUAUUUUACUUCUUUCUUCGAUAGCAGAAGAGGUUCCCCUGCCUUUUUCAAUCAACAAAUAAGCCAUAGAUCUGCUCUCACAUUUUUUUUUCUAAAAAUCACUCUUCUUUGUUUCUGUUACUUGUCUUAUUUGCGCCGUGUUUUAAAAAUGGCCAUAAUGAUGAAAGAUCCCCUCCAGUCACGUUUUAGAGUAUGUGAAAAUAAUCUGCUAUGCCUAAUAUUUUGUUUAACAUUGUUUACCAAAAAACAUUUUUGGGGCUGGAAACCAUCCACUCUCUCCCUCAUUGAGGAAUUCUGAGACUGUGAAUAUUCAUGAUAGGCAAAUAACACAGGCCCCGCCCACCACAGCCGCUCGCGCUAGGUGGAACGGCGGAAGAAUGUGCGCAACAAGACGGCUAGCGGCAACAUCGGCAAGAUUCAGCCCUAAAACUUUAACGAACUGCUAAUGAUAACGCUCACUGUCUGCUGACACCUGCCGUCCUCUCAUGGAUGCCAACUGCUAAUUCUAACGCUAACUGUCUGCUGACACCUGCCGUCCUCUCGUGGAUGCCAACUGCUAAUUCUAACGCUAACUGUCCGCUGACACACCUGCCGUCCUCUCAUGAUGUGCUGCCUCUGCUGCACUGGAAGUUUCAGGUUUUUUUGCCUCACAUUUGCAUAUUGGACAGCGAUUGGUUUUCUGUAUUUGUGGCCGUACCAAAUCUA